AUGCGCUUUCGCCUAGGCCGUUGCGUAUCAGCCGCCUUUCCUCUUAUACGCCAUCGAAGUUUCCACCAUGUUCCCAGGCUGGCCGAUGUUCCGACCAUUUAUGAGAACAGUCUUCAGAAGACUCUCGAAGAGCAUAGAGCGUUGAAUCGCAGCCGUCUAAUUCGCAAGGUCUAUGUACAGUCUGACUCGGAUCAGUCUGAUGGCCCUUACUAUUCUGCGGAGAAACCUGUCGACUCUGACUUGUCUCAGUCGCCUAAAUCACAAGGCCAGCCAUGGAGGACGGAGGAACAACCACCUACCGUUCUUCAUGGUUACGGGCCCGUUACCAAACGGAGGACGACGAAAGACAAACCAAGGCCUAAGGGAUUAAUGCAGACCUUAUCUCCGCCAGUUGACUGGAAAGCCACUGCAGAUAAACCAAGACAGUACCCAUGGCUUGAUGGACUAAACCCUCCCACGCCUUUUUCAGACGGCCUCGCGCAGCUUAGCGCAGAGGUUGAGGCUCUCGAAAAAUACUUGACCCCAAGUGCUCAGGAGAGAGAAGUGGCAGAUCGGAUCGCGUCCGAUGUCACCGAUCUCCUUUCAAGCGAUAAGCUUGAUCAAUCAAUUCACAUCGCUCGCACUGGCUUCACAAUGAGCCAUUCGGCUCUCGACUUGAUGGUUUCAUUCGUGGAUCAAGACAAGUCAACUGGCAGUAACAGAGAGCCAUAUGAGGGUUAUGUAAACAAAAAACGCAGGCAAAAGGAGCUUCUAGAACUCGCCCGCCGUGCCCUUAGACAGUCUUCUACCUAUGAACUUCUGCUCAAUAAACGGCAGAGGAAACUUAUGGUACUUCAUAAGCCCACUGGUCUCUUGCUUCGGAUUAUCUGCGCCCCAGAUAAACCCGCAACCCUCGAGUAUCUUCGAGACUUCCAUGCAGAGUACCCGACUCUCAGCUCCUUAUAUAUGGUCAUACGAUUAAUUCUUGAAGUCAGAGGACUUUUCGCCAGCACUCAGAAUUCUAUGGACAACACUGAACUGCAAUUACUCAUUGCCGCCUUCCUCAAAAUGAAUCAUGGCCGCUUCCGACGGGAUGCCCUUCGUGGCGAAUCGUUGCUCGCAUUUCUAUACACUUUCGGCAUGCAGGUAGACCUCACCACAACCGGUGUAGCCGUCGAUCCUCCGGGUUUCUUCACUGCGGAGUCCGUAGCAAGUGCCUGCACAAUGUACGAUCCUGGUGAUAUACCUGCUUUUCUCCGCGGCCAAAGCUCGCUCAUUAAAACGAAGACAAACGCCAUGAAAUGGGGCAACGAGCACGUUGGCUUAAAGCUUUUGAUACAGGACCCAGAAAAUUACAUGAGACAUGCGCCUGGGACUUGCUCAAGAACGAUAGAAUUACAGCCCGUUUUUCUGGAGGCUUAUUUGCGUCUUAAAUUUGCUCUUGACUCCUGGGUACCUCGACAUGUUCGGCCAUUCAAUAGCAUUCUCAAUUCUGCUUUGCGUGCAAACUUUCAUGACUUUGAGGGUCGGAGAGCGGCUAUACUUGGCAGCAGUGGCAAAAUAUAG